AUGUCUCACAGCAGUCCGAGUCUGAGCUUCUUCGCCCUCCCGCCUCACAUUAUCCCGACGGACGUCCUUCUGCCUCCGCAGAGUCCACUCUUUGCCACAGUCCACCAUGCUGAAGAGGCAAAUCCGAACGCGACCACCGCACCGACGUCGACCGCGGAAUCGGUCAAAUCUUUCAUCGCUGGGGGCUUUGGUGGUGUCGCGGCUGUACUCGUGGGCCACCCGUUUGAUCUGACCAAGACUCGUCUUCAGACGGCGUCGCCGGGAACAUACACUGGAGCGAUUGAUGUGGUAAAGAAGACUUUGGCUCGCGAUGGCCCAACCGGGCUUUACCGUGGAGUGGUUCCUCCGCUGCUCGGUGUUACACCGAUAUUCGCAAUGUCAUUCUGGGCACUCAUUUUUGCAGCUACUCCAAACCGCGCCAGUAAAGAGUUAUCAAUCCCAGAGCUCGCAACCGCUGGCUUCCUAUCAGCGGUCCCCACUACACUCGUUACAGCGCCAGUGGAACGGGCCAAGGUCCUCCUACAGGCAAGCGUACAAGGUCAGGGCCAAGGAGGGCGGCAAUAUAGUGGCGUCUUCGAUGUUGUGAAACAUUUAUACAAGGAGGGUGGUAUACGAAGCGUAUUCCGCGGGUCUGCGGCAACUGUAGCGCGAGAUGGGCCCGGAAGUGCUGCCUACUUCGCGGCAUAUGAAAUCACCAAGAAAUUUUUGACACCAGCGGGCUCGUCUCCGUCUGAUUUGAACUUGAGUGCGAUCAUCUUGGCCGGAGGUACCGCUGGAAUCGCUAUGUGGUCCAUUGCGAUUCCUCCGGAUGUUCUGAAGUCUAGAAUUCAGUCAGCGCCGACAGGAACAUAUUCAGGCUUCAUGGACUGCGCGCGAAAAACGAUAGCAGUGGACGGAGUUAAGGCCCUGUGGAAGGGCUUUGGGCCAGCUAUGGCCAGGGCAUUCCCUGCCAAUGCAGCUACAUUCUUGGGAGUGGAGAUGUCCAGAAGGCUCAUGGACCAGUACUUCUGA